GCCGGUCCACCCUGCGGCCGGCCGGAUCUUUGCCUAGCGCCAGACCUCGUGCCAUCGGCGGGCGCUGGAGGGUGAGCAACUCGCACUGUGCCAACCCUUGCGUCGCCGUUGCCGGAGAAGUGGAGGAGACACACCGGCGGGAAGGGAAGAGCGAGACUCGUCCGCGCACGUGAUCGGAAAACCUGAAAAAGGGUAACUGGGGUACCAAGCAACAACGACACAAAAGAAAAGGAAAAGCCAGCAAUGGAGGCGAGGGUUGCAGGAGUGCCCGAAGACGAGGAGUCCGGCCUCCUCCCCCGUCCGUCCGCCGCCGGCCGCCGUCCAUCCUCCGGCGCCCCCCGCUUCCGGCCUCCGCCGGCGGUCUGGGCGACGGUGGACGGCCCCCUGGGGCUGCCGCUGGAGGAGGCGGAGGGCCACGCUCGGCGCUUCUUCCUGUGGGGGUUUGCGUGCCUCCCCUUCCUCUGGGCCAUCAACUGCUGCUACUUUUGGCCCGUCCUCCGCUCCCCGGCCGGCUCCUCCCCCGCCGCCUUCGCCCCCAUCCGCCCCUAUGUUGUGCGAUCCGCGAUUGGCUUUACCGCCUUCUCUGUGGUUCUGAUCACCUGGGCCACGACUUUUAUUGUUGGAGGUGAGCGAUUGUUCGGACCAGUGUGGAAUGAUCUGGUAAUGUACAAUGUCGCUGACAAGCUUGGCAUCUCUGGAUUCAUGGGAUAGCCCCAAUGUAUUCCUUACUUUGAGCGGAGUUGCUCUGAUCAUUUUAUUGUCUCACUGGUACUCCAAUAUGCUUUCCUCUGGAAAAGCUAGUUUCAUCCUCCUGGGGACUGAAAAAGUCA